ACAAUGAAAACUUUCCCAUUUUUGCUCUCUUAAUUCUGCAGCAUCGAUCCUUCCGCCCCACGCCUUACUAUUCCCAUGGUUGCUCAUCAUCGGAGCUUUACUAUCAUUUUACUAUCUCUAUUUAUUCUUCAAUUUUCUCCACCAGCUAAGGCCAUCAGGAAGGAUGUGAGCUUUCAGCUGAAACGGCAUUGUAAAACCACGGUGCAAGGAAGAUUCUACCUCGCUGAUGAUAAUGGUUAUGUAUGUGAUGCAUUCUCAGUUGACCCACGGUCUCGUUGUUGUCCAAGAAGAGGAGAUCAGUUCUCUUGUCAGGGAUGCAAUAUUGUUUCUCAAUGUUGCAACUCGUAUGAAUUCUGUGUUUCCUGCUGCUUGCAUCCGCAGAUGAUUAAUAAGGAACUGGCUUCAAACGUCCAAAUAGCAAAACCUGUGACUGCUGGAAUCUAUGGAAGUAUUUUUGAUUAUUGUGCUGGGAGGUGUCGCCAUAAUUCUGAGAGCGUGGUUCAUGAAAAUGCAUAUAUGAGUGAAUUUCAUCAUUGUUUUUCCAUACCAACUAAUUCAUCAGAAUCAUCAAGCACACAGCUGGAAAGACUAGCCGGCAUCAAUGUCAUUGUUGGAAGACAAGGAGAAUCUUGUGACUCCGUCUGCAAGUCUAAUGGAAAAUCUUGUGUGCCCAACAAGCUCUCUCUACUUAAUAACUGUCAAGUAAUAAAAAAAUACAUGAGCUGCAAAGGUGCCUGUUUGUCAAGUGUCGGAGCUGACCAACCAGCUGAAGUAGUUGAUGAUGCUCCGACAUAUCUGAACCCCGGAGCAUGCUUGUACACGGAAAGACAAUCUACACUUUCUUGCGACGGCUCUCACAGUCACACAAGGAGGCUUUGCCCCUGUGCAUAAGUUAACAUACAGUAUCCAUUUAGACAAUCAUCAUACAAGAGGAAGAACAGCAAGCUAUAAAUGGUUGUAGAUAGUUGUUUUUCUCCUACUUUUAACAGGAAUAUGUGGCUUAUCAUUAGGUUCUUUCAUUACCCUAUCCCUUGAAAGAGUUUCAAUGUAUAAUAUAGUCCAAAAUUUUGAAUAAUAUACUGUAAUCAUCUCUAGUUUUCGAUUUGUAUUUUUAUUGUUAUAAUCUUUGCACGA